ACCACCCCCACACCGGAGCACAGCGAGAGAGAGAACAACCCCACGCCCAACCGCCGCCCGAGCCCAACGGCCGCCCCGCCUCCUCAACCCUGCGGCGCAUGCGCAGGGGACGGGGCAGUGCUGGCCGCUGCUCGUACUGCGCCUGCGCGAGGCCGAAGCCCGGGGCGGGCAGACGGAGCCUGCGCGGUUGCCAGGGCGACGGGAAUACAACAUGGCGCGCUGAGGGCCCACAGGGGCCCGGGACCUGCAGGCGAGCACAGGAUGAACAUAUUGAACAAGUGAAUAAUCUGAGCGAAAUACAAGCCCUAAGGAGGUUGAGUCCACAUCCUAAUAUCCUCAUGUUACAUGAAGUUGUUUUUGAUAAAAAAGCUGGCUGCCUUUCACUGAUAUGUGAACUUAUGGAUAUGAAUAUUUAUGAGCUGAUAAAAGGACGGAGAAAGCCGUUACCGGAAAAAAAAAUAAAGACCUUCAUGUACCAGUUAUGCACAUCUCUUGACCACAUGCAUAGAAAUGGGAUAUUUCACAGAGAUGUGAAACCAGAAAACAUAUUAAUAAAGAAUACCCUGAAGUUAGCAGAUUUUGGAUCUUGUAGGACUAUAUAUUCUAAGCAACCAUAUACAGAAUAUAUCUCCACACGCUGGUACCGAGCACCUGAAUGCUUGCUUACAAAUGGCUACUAUAGCUACAAAAUGGAUAUAUGGAGUGCUGGCUGUGUUUUCUAUGAAAUCACAAGUUUUCAGCCUCUCUUUCCUGGAUCUAACGAUCUGGACCAAAUUUCAAAAAUCCAUGAUGUUAUAGGCACUCCUGCCAACAAAACUCUCAACAAGUUCAAGCAGUCAACAAUUUUGAAUUUUCAUUUCCCUUUUAAAAAAGGAAAAGGAAUACCUCCUCCGGUGCACAACUUGUCUUCUGAGGGAUUAGCUCUCCUGUAUGCAAUGAUAAAAUACGAUCCUGACGAGAGAAUUGCUGCCCAUCAAGCAUUGCAGCAUCCUUAUUUGCAGAAACUCUGGGCAGCUGAUACACAAGCUUUGGCCACGCACAAAAAAGUAAGAUUACUAGAAAAUAGAGCAGGGCAAGUACCUCUGCAUUUGUGGCAAACUCCAAAGGAAAGUCAAAGAGAGUGUUCUCUUAGGAAAGUCCAGGAAAAGAACAGACGACAACACGGACCUCCUUGUGGAAAACUACCAAUAUUAAGUCCUUCUGCAGCAGCUAACCUGCCUCCCCCUCCUACACCUACUCCACAUUCAGUUUUUCCUGCAGCUAAGGAAAGUGGUGAAACCUCUGUGCUACAGUCUGUUCGAUUUAUUGGAUCAAAUAUUGAGCAGGCUGAGAAACAGAAGGCUAAGUCUUCCCUGAAAUGUUACCGCUUACCUGCUAUAGAACGAAGAGGAGGAGGCUACUGAGCGCUGUUAAGGUAUUCAGAGCGUGAGGAAAAGCACGACUAGGCAGUGAAACAGCACCCAUUGUGCUCUCCUUGUUAAGAGAUCCAACAAGAACAACAGCGCAUCAUUUUGAGUUUCUCUGACAAUCGUCAGAACCCCCCAGAGCUAUAAAGGGCUGCUUGCCUAGCACUGUGGUGUUCUGCUCCUGAAGGUGAUCGAUAUUUAAUUAAACACUCUAUGUUGAACUUUCUAAAUAUUUUUUUUCCUUUUAGAACCCAAUGGAAGAAGGGAUUGGUUAAAAAUAACGAGAGGAUUUGUUGAGGUUCAGUAUUAGGAAUGGAACGCUACCUACAAAAUACAAGUUUUCAUUAUAGAUAAUAAAUGACAGCUAAUUUCUGGAAAGUAUCUACCUCCUGUAUUUAAUGACUUCAACCUCAAGCUUCACUAAGGACUUGCAGAUUAUGCACUCAUAUAUUUGAUUUUGAUACAGUUAGCGCAACUGGACAAUAUUUUUAUUUACCUACCAGUUAAGAGAGCAAGCAACUUUUGAUCUGAUUCAAAAGCAAACCAGCUAAGACUCUGCUCACACAGCUGUCUUAGCAGAGGACUGGUAGUCCACCAGUAGAUCAGAGAAAAGGGAGACGUAAACAGCAGAACGCAGCAGCGUAGGUAGAUGCUGUUUCUUAUUUUAUUUUGAAACUCAUACUGGGUGGAGGUCAUCUCUCCCCCACUUCUAAGUAGAAAAUAAUUCCUAACCAUGAUUAUAUCAGAAGUGAGUGCGAGUACAUGAAGACACAGUGACCAGCUGAGUUAUGCUGUCCUGCUACUGCUAUUCAUCCUUGUAUGUUAGAAGUUUAUACUGUUCAAACCAAACAGGUAGGGAGCUUGAACAGUAAUAAGGCAAUCCAAUAUGUGUUUGAAUGUCUAGCAUUGGUUUGUAUACAAAAAAAAAUUAAAAGGUGUGAUGCUAAGCUUAGGAAAUGGAAUGAAGGGCUGCAGCUCUACAGGCAACAUAGGAUGAGCGGUAACCUCCAACUUCUUACAUUUUUUGCUGUGAGCUUAUCCAGCAGUUUGUACUUUUCUCCUCGAGAGCAGAAGGUAGUGAGAAAAGGUUAUCAGACUUCGUAGAUCACCAGCAAUUUUCUCUCACAUAAGUGUUUGGUCUCAAAUAAGUAUUUGGGGCCGUUGGUCUAUUAGAAUGAAAAGAAAGCAAUUCAGCAGACUGCUUUUGCUAUGAAAACUGGGUAUUUCAUAUGAAGCACCACCGUGGAAUGUUUUCUUCAUUUACUUCAAGCUUUCCAGUGGAUUUUGCACAUUUUGGCACAUACAGUGCUUCAUGGACAUUUAUUUCAUAACAAGUCCUUCAUGAUUCUUCUAGAAACCACUUACAGUUCUCUGACUGUUGGACUAGUGGACAAACUUGAGUUUUCCCACUUGCUUUCUAGUUAAAAUACAUUCAACUUUAAAGUAUAAAUUGGCAAGCAUUGUUCCUACCCUCAUCCUUCCAGCUAAAAUUCUAUGUUGAGAUGAUCUGUUUCAUUAUUUAAUUUGCUUUAAUUUAUAAUUAUUUUUUCCUAUCAUGUUAAGAGCUAUACCUUUUGUAGAACUCUAAAUUAUUUCCAGGUAAGUUGUUUUCUUUUUCUUCCUAAAAUCAGUUUUUCCAUGGUGGAGAAAGGAUGGGGGGUGGGAAGUUCAAGCUUCCAGGUGAUUGCCAAGUGGUAGAGAUACUGCAAAAAACCAAAAGCACACACGGACUCCUUGUAUGCUAGACAACUAUGAUUUGUAGCAGGAUGUGCUCUGCAAACAGGUAUGUAAGUAGCUGCUAUUAUUACCCUAAUGUUGGAUGCUGUGGUCCUUACGGUACUGUUUCUUUUCCUACAGCUGGUAAAUUACAAAAAGUGCUUUCAAGGCCUUUGUUACAUCUUUCCCUCAACUGUUUCACAUUGACUCAAACCGUAUGAAGCACUCAUAUAAAGAAGUCUCCAGGGAGAUAACUACAUUAGUUUUCAGUGGCAAGGUUUAUCUGUAUUUUAACAGUUAAACCCAAUACGAUAAUAAAACAGAACUUCUGAACAAUAA